UUCAUUUCCUCUCUUUUCUCGAAGUAUAUACUUGUACAUGAGCUGCCCUGGCAGGAAACUAAAACAAUGACAAGGAUGGUGGUGUGGGCGCUUCUGCUGUUCAACAUGGCUGAUGCUGUGGAUCAGACCACACGAUCUCAAGUCGGAGACAACUUUGCUACAGGUCGCAGCAGUUCUUAUGUGGGGAAACUGCUGGUGAUACCCAUGGAUGGGAGUCAUUGGGUGGGUAUGAAGGCCAUUGCUCAGGAAAUGGGUCGGCGUGGACACCAGGUCACCGUUGUGAUGCCAGAGAUCACCAUACUGAUUGGUCCGGGGGAGCACUAUGACACUCUGACAUACCCUCUUCCAUUUGACAAGGCAUUUGUUGACUUUGUGAUGUCCAAGAAUGAAGACGUCCUGCAAAAAUCUGCACUGCCUUUCCUCGAGAGAAUUCAGGAAAAACUCUCACAGAUAUGGAGGAUUACAGAAUUGCUUCACACCACUGCAGAGAGCCUUCUGUUCAAUGCAAGCGUUAUCGCACAUCUGGCUCAGCAGGGAUUUGAUGCUGUCCUGACAGACCCCAUGGUGCCUACAGGCUCUUUAAUAGCUCGCAAAUUAGGUCUUCCCACAAUUAAUUUACUGAGGGGAAUUCCGUGUUUUUUGGACAUGCAGUCUUCAGGUUGUCCAUCGCCGCCUUCCUAUGUGCCUCGCUUUUUCACUGGCUUCACAGAUAAAAUGGACUUCAAACAAAGAGUUCUCAACACGUUGGUAAGCAUGUUCGAGCCACUCCUCUGCCGAGUCAUCUAUUGGCGUUUUGACCGAAUUGCCUCUGAGUUCCUGGAAGAGGACGUGGGUGUAGCUGAGGUCUUGUUGGACUCUGCAAUUUGGCUGCACAGGAUCGACUUCACACUGGAGUUCCCACGCCCGUUAAUGCCUAACGUGGUGCCAGUUGGGGGCAUCAACUGUAAUGUGAGGAACCCUCUGCCUGAAGAUUUGGAAACCUGGGUGUCAGCAAAGCAUGGAUUUGUUGUGUUCACACUGGGUACCUCAUUGAAAAAAAUCCCGAUUGAUCUGACCAAAGUCUUCCUGGAAGCAUUCAAGCAGAUUCCACAGAAGGUAAUAUGGAGAUAUUCUGGGCUUGUUCCUGAUGAUACACCAGAAAAUGUCAAGAUGAUGAGCUGGGUGCCCCAAAAUGACUUGCUCGCUCAUCCUGGAGCUCGGGCCUUCAUAACGCAUGCUGGCUCCCAUGGUCUCUUUGAGGGACUUUGUCAUGCGGUUCCGAUGGUGCUUGUACCCAUUGGUGGGGACCAGCCAGACAACGCACAAAGAAUGGCAAGUAGAGAAGUGGGAGUGGUGUUGGAUAUUUCAUCCAUCACCAUAGGAGACCUUGUGCAGGGACUCAAUGAGGUCAUUAAUAACACUAAGUACAAAGAAAACAUGAAGAGGUUAUCAGCGUUACACAAGGACCGCCCUAUUGACCCACUGGACCUCUCAGUGUACUGGACCGAGUUUGUGAUGCGGCAUAAAGGGGCCAAACAUCUUCAAGCAGCUGUUCAUGACCUUAACUGGUUCCAGUACUUCUGUCUGGAUGUAAUAGCGCUACUUGCUACAAUUGUCCUGCUUUUUAUAAUCUUGACUGUUAAUUGUUUGAAGUUAUGCUUUCAGAAAAUGAGCAGAAAAAGAAAACAAGACUAG